AUGUGGAGAAGAUUCUGUGAGACUGUAGACCAGACUCAGUCUCUGCCUCCUCAGUCUCUGCUUCAGUCUCUGCCGCCUCAGUCUCUGCCGCCUCAGUCUCUGCCGCCUCAGUCUCUGCCGCCUCAGUCUCUGCCGCCUCAGUCUCUGCCGCCUCAGUCUCUGCCGCCUCAGUCUCUGCCGCCUCAGUCUCUGCCGCCUCAGUCUCUGCCUCAGUCUCUGCCGCCUCAGUCUCUGCCGCCUCAGUCUCUGCCGCCUCAGUCUCUGCCGCCUCAGUCUCUGCCGCCUCAGUCUCUGCCGCCUCAGUCUCUGCCGCCUCAGUCUCUGCCGCCUCAGUCUCUGCCGCCUCAGUCUCUGCCGCCUCAGUCUCUGCCUCAGUCUCUGCCUCAGUCUCUGCCUCAGUCUCUGCCUCAGUCUCUGCCUCAGUCUCUGCCUCAGUCUCUGCCGCCUCAGUCUCUGCCUCAGACUCUGCCUCAGACUCUGCCUCAGUCUCUGCUUCAGUCUCUGCUUCAGUCUCUGCUUCAGUCUCUGCCUCAGUCUCUGCCUCAGUCUCUGCCUCAGUCUCUGCCUCAGUCUCUGCCUCAGUCUCUGCCUCAGUCUCUGCCUCAGUCUCUGCCUCAGUCUCUGCCUCAGUCUCUGCCUCAGUCUCUGCCUCAGUCUCUGCCUCAGUCUCUGCCUCAGUCUCUGCCUCAGUCUCUGCCUCAGUCUCUGCCUCAGUCUCUGCCUCAGUCUCUGCUUCAGUCUCUGCUUCAGUCUCUGCCUCAGUCUCUGCCUCAGUCUCUGCUUCAGUCUCUGCUUCAGUCUCUGCCUCAGUCUCUGCCUCAGUCUCUGCCUCAGUCUCUGCCUCAGUCUCUGCCUCAGUCUCUGCCUCAGUCUCUGCCUCAGUCUCUGUAA